AUGGCUGACGAUAGCGAGCCCCCCAAAAAGCCGCCGCUCAGCUGCACAUGUUGUCGGACGCGAAAAUUGAAAUGCGACAAGCAAAGCCCGUGCGGCAACUGCGAGCGCAGCGGGUCAGAAUGCGUUUUCCCGGCACGGAAGCGAAUCCAGCGGCCCCGGAAGACCAAGAAUGCCGAGCUGCUGCAGAGAUUAAAGCGGCUAGAGUCUAUUGUAGGCAGAGUUGGACUCGCAGAUCUUGAUGAAAGCGAGUCGGCGCAUGUGGAUGGUACAGAUGCACAUGCACAGGUUCCUGAGCACCAGCUUCAUCCAACUACUGAGACUGACUCGCGGGCGCAUGACGAAAACAUUACCUGCGGUAUCAAAGGAGUGAGACCACCCCAGGAUAGCACCGCUUCACGCUUUUUAUCCGGGGAGUUCUGGUCCUCGCUAUGCGAUGAGGUUGGGGGUCUGAAACAGGCAUUAGAACAGUCUACGGAUUCUGACGAUGACGAGGAGGAUGGUGAAGGAAAUACGCCUGAGUCGGUUGGCGGCGGUGGGAGUGUCAUCUCAACAUCACCGGGGAUGCUGCUCGGGAGCUCAUACACAAGGUUUUCGCCGGCCAUCCAGCAUCCGUCACCAAAUCACAUACGACACCUAGCAUCAGUGUAUUUCAGGAAUGUCGACAUGUAUUUGAAGAUUCUACACCAACCAACAAUCAUGAGCGCCUUACACAAGCUCGCCGACCAUCCAGAAACAGCAUCGGAUUUAAGUCACGAGCUGACUGCAUUAUUCUUCGCCAUAUACUACGCUGCUAUCACGAGUCUUACCUCUGCGGAAUGCGUCCAAGUCGUAGGCCGGCCGCGCGCUGAUCUGGCGACGUUAUUUGAAGCAGGCAUCGAGCAGGCUCUCGUCCGGGCCGACUAUCUCAACAACACUAGUCUUGAAACACUCCAAGCACUGACGCUAUAUGCUUGUUGUUUACGGUCACAUAACGGAUCUCGCGCCUCUUGGGUGCUCCUGGGUCUUCCGAUUCGUCUGGCGCAAGCUCUCAACAUGCACCAGGACGGCGACGGGACAAGUUCUAGCUUCAGCCCGUACGAGGCCGAGCUACGCCGGCGUCUGUGGUGGCAACUCAUCGUGCUCGACAUCCGUGCGGCAGAGGACCGUGGUACCAGUACUAUCAUCUCACGAGGAAGCUAUAACACACGCCUCCCACACAAUAUCGACGACAUAGAGUUUGGCCCGGACACUACGUUGUCACUCCAGGACCGCCCAGGCCCCUCGGACACAACGUUCUGUCUGCUCACUGCUCAGAGCUCAGGAAUCUUCCUCUGGGGAGAAUACAAUCAUCAAGAACAUUACAGCGAAGAGCAGAGGUUACUGCGGGCAAAGCACCUGGAAUCACAAUUUGUGAACGGCGCUGAUCCGACCCAUGCAGGCUCGUACCUCGCCUCCGCCACCGCGCGGCUCAUCAUCAUGAAGAUGUGGCUAAUUACGCGAUACCCGCUGCAUCCGCGGAAGGGGCAGCCGGGGAUAGGCAAGGCCUCAACUUCCCGCACGGGGGCAUCUGAAGCCGCCGGGCCGUCCCAGUCCACCGCAGCCGCCUCUGCCUCAACAGCACCUUCGCAGCACGCAGCGGCGCCCGUGUCUCGCGAGUCCACGCUCCGCACCGCCAUCUCAAUUAUCGAGCUGUCAGAAGCCGUAGCCGCAGGUCCUUACUCGGACCGCUUCCGCUGGUGGGCAGAGACGUACGUACAGUGGCAUCCGCUAGCCGUCGCGCUCGCAGAGCUCUGCACGCAGACGCAGGGAGAAACCGUCGAGCAUGCUUGGCGAGUUGUCGAGGCCGUGUUUCCCCGGUCGAGCGCCAUAAUAGCGGACACGAAGCGUGGGAGCUUGUGGCGCCCUCUUCGCAAGCUUUACAAGAAGGCGAAGGCAGCGAGGACGCAGGCGUUGGGGAACGCAGGACAUGCCUCGUUGCCGCAGUCACGAUCACGACCACAGCCAAUCUCAGAGGUGGCAGCGUCAACAUCAGCAGCAAGAUCUCAUCUCGGCGGUCUAGAGUCUACAAUCGACUACAUGGCCAUCGACCCAGCCCUCGCACCGGAGGGCGAGAGCAGCAUCCAGCCAAGACUCAUAACGGACAUGAUCAUUUGGGAAUCAUCGGCGCAUACACUAACCUCGGGAUCACCUACACCUUACGCGGCGCUAGGGAAGGCAGAUAUCACCACGCCCCCUAACACACAUGCUCAGAACUCAAGAAGAAAUAUGGAUACGAGCAUGGGAUCCGCCCCAUCCACCAUGGACGACCUCAUCAAUGAUCCGGGGCAAUCCAUAGUCCAAGCGCUGCUUGGAUGGCCGGACCUGACCUUCGACAUACCCCCAGCACCAUCCGCCGGCGAACCUGCGAUUGUACCAUUGCAAGCGCCAGCAUCGGAAAUGAUGGACACUGGAUACAUACCCACAGCAUCUGACCAGGGCUUUCCUGACCCCCCGGGUAUGAAUUGGUCCACAUGGGAUGAAUUCGUGCUAGAUACGUAUGCGGGCUCCGCACCACGGUCUGGGUCUUUAGGGAGCGAAGGGAGUUAG